CCUCCUCCAGCCCCAAACAAAUGAAGUGUGUGGGGCUUACGUCUGGGUCCCAGCAGCCUGUGGGACACAGAGGACAUUGACGCUGAGGGACAGAGCAAGAUGGGACUGAAGGCGGUGGUUGUUACGGUGCUGCUGGCCGCAGCGCUCUCCUACUACAUCUACACCCCGAUGCCUGAUGCCAUCCAGGAGCCCUGGAAGCUGAUGGCUGUGGAUGCUACGUUCAGGACCGGCAUGAACCUGGCUGCUUUGAAAUACCACCUGGGUAUCGACCAUUACAUCACGUCAUUCAGACGCACGAUGGAGGGCUUCGACUCAACGAUGGUGGCGCUCGUGGGCUCCAGGUCUCCUGCGGGGGUCGUCCCCGGCGUGAAGAUCAGCGACAUCACCUUCGCCGGCGUCCCCGUGAGGGUUUACGAGCCGCCAGCCGGAGGGGAGGGUCACCUGAGGAGAGGUCUGAUGUAUCUCCACGGAGGUGGCUGGGCCUUUGGCAGUGGCAAGAUGGGUGCAUACGAUAAAGUGAGCCGCGUGAUUUCUGAUGAGCUCAACACCGUGGUAGUCUCUGUUGAAUAUCGUCUGUUUCCAGAGGUCCUCUUUCCAGAGCCGUUUUUAGACUGUGUCGUUGCUGCCAAACACUUCUUAUCUCCAGAGGUUCUGGACAAGUACGCCAUCGACCCCGAGCGUGUUGCUGUGUCAGGAGACAGCGCUGGAGGAAAUCUGGCUGCCGCCGUAGCUCAGGAGGUUGCUACAGAUGACAGUCUAUCUGUGAAAUUCAGUGUCCAGGCUUUGAUUUACCCAGUGCUCCAGGCUCUGGAUUUCAACACACCCUCCUACGUGCAGAACCGGAAUAUGGCCAUCCUUCCUCGCCAAGUCAUGGUCCAAUUCUGGCUGCAGUACCUAGGCGCCGACAUCUCCCUGCGGCCCCAGCUCAUAGCGAACAACCACAGCGCCCUGCAACACUCGGCCCUCACCCCAGAGCUGAGGUCUCGACUGGACUGGACCUCGCUGCUUUCUCAGAAGUUCAAGAAAAGCUACAAGCCGGUCGUCGUGGAGAGAGACUCUCACGGGCUUCUGAAGAAGAUACCGGGGUUGCUGGACACGCGAUCGUCGCCUCUGCUGGCUGGACCAGAGGUGCUGGCCAAAUGUCCUCGUACGUACAUCUUAACAUGCGAGUUCGACGUGCUGAGGGACGAAGGGCUGAUGUACGCCCGGCGUUUGAAGGACGCCGGAGUGUCGGUAACCAGCGAUUACUACGAGGACGGCUUCCACGGAUGUCUGUCCUUCAUCAGCUGGCCGUUGGACUUCGAUGUGGGGAAGAGGGCACUGAGGAGCUACAUGACCUGGCUGCAGAAUAACCUGUAGCUUGAACGUACGCACUCACAGAAGUCGAGAACAGAUGUUUUCGUUUAAACUUUUUCCCAUUUUCUCGAGACAGGGACUUAAUUUCCCCAAUGGUUUUCUCAAGAUAAGCUAAUCUCGAGAAAAACACACCUAAUUUUUGCAAGAUCGCAAGAUGAUUUGUGUGUGUGUGUGUGUAUUAAACAUGAUUCCAUCCCUCAAAUGUAUGCCACAACGGCGUGCAUUUGAAGAUAACUCAUCUCGAGAAAACCAUUGGCAAAAAGUAUAUGUGGAAAAAGGGUCGCUCUCAGCUACCGUAUGCGUUUGCUCUUGCUGUGUAAAAUUGGUCUUACCAAAGGGCUUGCACAUUUUCUCUUUGUUCAAAAAUGUACAAUCCAAGCUCAGGGCCUGGAGAUGAAUGGAAAUCCAAACUUUGUACAAGUGAAAUUUGUAGUCUGCAGACUUUAGUCACCAUCAGCAGUCCAACACUGUAACCAGCUAAUUAAAGAAUAAAGAACUUUUUCAUAAAUUAAUCAGCUGUAAAAUGAAUGAAUUACUUUUAGAUAUUUGAUGCCAAGAAGUAUAUAAGAUUAAUUCCUUUAAAUGCCGUUUGUCUCAGAGUACUAUGCAACAUCUGAUCUCCUACAUUUGCAGCUAUUGCCAUUAUCACCAAGUCUCAAAUAUGACCAAAACUUGACUUUAUUAUUCAUA